UUUUUUAAAAACAUCUGUCAUCCUCGAACCUCGACCUCGGACCCCGCCUCAAAUUUGUCCCUCGACCUCGAACCUCACUUUUUCAAUAUCGUUGAUCCUCGGUCUCUGUUUUUUCGAAAAACCUCGACCUUGCGCAACCCUACUAAUAACUUUGCAUUUUUUAAUUUUUGAAUAUUUUUUCAAUUCAUUUCAUGAGACGCAUAAAUUAUUUUUGGGACGCAUAAAUUUUUAGGGGACGCAUACAUUUUUAUGGGACUCUUCAUGGGACGCAUGAGCUGGACAAAAGCCCAAAUUUUUCGUUUAUUUUUUGUUAAUUUGACACGAUCACAGUCAACAUCAGCACAAACACCUAUAAUUUCGAAAAAUUUAUGCGGAAUUCAAAGAAUUUAUCCGAAAUUUAAAGAAUUUUGGGGUUAUCCGGGUAGAAAAUCAAUGAAAUAUAUUAUUUCAGAGGAUUUGGGUGGAUUAAGGAGAUAUCGAGAGAUAUCAAAGGGUUAAGAGGGAUAACCGUGGAAUUUAGUGAAUUACGAGGGAUGUUGGGGUAUUCGUAGAUUAUCGAGGGAUUAAGAAGAUAUCGAGGUUUAAAGGGAAAUUUGGGUGGAUUUAAG